CGCAUGCGUAAAAUAGUGGCGCGCUGCGUCGGCGUGAAAUGCGUCGUUCCGUCAACGUUCCUUGAUGUGCGGCGCUGCCUAAAAGGUAGAAAGCACAACUAUCAGCCGAAUAACCUCAGUAUCAACGGGAGCCGUCGUGAGGGCCGAUCCUCCACUUCCUCCCACUAACAAUUGCGCCCCCCUCCUUACCCUUAAAAAUACUAAAAACGGCUAAGGGAUGCUCAGUUAUAACAAAGCAUUGCCGCAGAGGAACACGGAGACAAGGAUUCAUUGUUUCAUUAUGACAUAAAGAAGGAACAAUAUUUUUUUUGAAAAUUGUGUUGAGGUGGAAAAAAAAGGGAGGGAAAAGAAAAAAUAGUAAUAAUAAAAAUGGGGCGUACGCGAACCGACGAGUCGCGGAUCGAUCGUCAAAUAACUUGGUGCUAAAACCAGACUGCUCACUGCUAUUAUAACACGGAAAAUAUCUUUUUCCAUCCCUUUCUCUCUCUCUCUCUCUGUGUUUCUCUAUCUCUUUUUCUCUCUUUCUCUCUCUCUAUCUGUCUUUCUACCUUCUCAUCUUUUCCGCCAUUUCGACCUUUUCCGCCAACCACCCCUUUUACACAUAUCACUAGUGAUUGUAAUUUUUUUUUUCUUUUUUUGAUGAUGAUGAAACAAAACUUGUAGUGAUGUUAAUGACAAGGUUCACGAACCUUAGUUUUAUCAUCAGUGAAAAAAGUGUGUCAUGAAACUGCCGUUGAGGUUAGGUUUUGCGAACCUCAUCUCCAUGUGAAGCGACGGAUGAAUGAAGAGGAAGAAAUUUUCACGCGGAUUAAUAAUUAUAGUGAAGUGAAUUGUGAAAAAAUUGUGAUUGGUUUUUUUUUUGUAACUCUCGCGCGCGAAUGGAAGAAUCAAUUAAUGAUAAUGAAGAAAUGAAAAUAAUUUUAAGAAUUUUUAAAAAGCCAACUUGACCUUUCAUUUUGAAGGUUAGGUUGUUGGGAAAAAAAUGACACGACUCGUUAUUUUAUUCCUGAUUCCCAUUUUGGGUCAGGUUGUUUUAACAUUUGUCCUUGAGGGUUCAGCGACAAGUUAUGCACAAUUUCGUAAAUGGAAUGCAGCAUUAAAUGGAACAUUAGAAUUUGAAUUUAAAACUGAACAAGGCAAUGGAUUAUUAUUAUAUACUGAUGAUGGUGGGACAUAUGAUUUUUUUGAAAUAAAAUUAAUUGAAAGUGCAUUAAGAUUAAGAUAUAAUUUAGGUGGUGGUGCACAAAUUGUAACUGUUGGUCGUGAUUUAGGCGAUGGACAUUGGCAUAAAGUGCAAAUAACAAGAAAUAAUGAAAAUACAACAUUAACAGUUGAUGGUGUUGCUGCAACAUCAACAUCGCGUGGUAAAGAAUUUGAAUUUGGUAAAUUUAUUGGUAAUUCAGAUGUUUAUAUUGGUGGUAUGCCAAGUUGGUAUAAUACUAAAUUAACAUUAUUAGCAUUGCCAAGUGUUAUAUUUGAGCCACGUUUUAAUGGAAUCAUUAGAAAUUUGGUUUAUGCCGAUGGAAACAACUAUGUGCCAAGGAGACAGGAGAUGAAGAGCCGGGACGCAAAGUGCGGAGGAUUUCCCUGUGUCGAGAGUCUCAGUCAGCGCAAAUCAGCAAGGAGUUUGCGAAACAUGGUGUCAGCGAACAUGACGGACGCAUGUGAAACACGCGAUCCAUGUCAACAUGGCGGGAUUUGCAUUUCAACUGACAGUGGGCCCAUCUGCGAAUGUCGUACCGGUGACUAUGAAGGCAUUUACUGUGAAAAAGAAGCAUGGAGCACGGUGCUGCCUACGGCAGGUGGUGGUGAUUACUGGCAGUGGGAUUACAACAAAGCACCCUCGGAAGCGUCGUUUAGAGGGACAGAAUACUUAACGAUAGACUUGAGUAAAGGUGAUCCUGUUCUUAGUACACAAGAAUCGAUUAGUCUGCAAUUUAAAACAAGACAACCCAUUGGCCUCUUAUUUUAUUCUGGCGAAGGGGGUGAUUAUUUGACAGUCUCAUUAAAAGAUGGUGGAGCUGCCGUUGGCAUGACCCUCGCAAAUGGAAGGCUGGACCUACACAUCAAACCGGCAAGGGUUCGAUUUGACGAUAAUCAAUGGCACAAAAUCAUUGUUCACAGAAAAGUUCAAGAGAUUUCGUCUAUCACGAGAUUUUGCAGGCUGUCAGCAAACGUAGAUGGAAUUUAUACAGAACAUGGUCAUACUGCUGGCUCUUUCACAAAAUUGGCGAGUGAUCGACUUUUUGUUGGUGGCGGUGCUGAUGCUCGAUCUUUGACAGGAGCCAAAGGGAUUAAUAAUUUUGUUGGAUGCCUUCGAAAAGUGGAAUUUGCGGCAGAGGGUGUGAAAAUGGAAUUAAUCGAAGCGGCUAAAAGUGGCGCAGCAGGAGCAGCAGCUUGGGGUAAAAUAGACUUUCAUUGUCGAGAGCCGAAGGCUUCGGAUCCUGUCACAUUUACCACUCGAGAUUCGCAUCUGGCAUCGGCAACAGUGAACGCAAGGCGACUUCACGGCGCCGUGGUCACCUUUACCAGCCCAGAGUCCCACUUGGUUUUGCCACCCUGGAAGGCAGCCAAACAGGGGAGUAUAUCUUUUAAAAUUCGUACCAACGAACCGAAUGGCUUGGUCAUGUACAGCAGAAGUGGAGCACUGAGUCGGCCGGACUUGUUUGCCUUUGAAAUUUUAAACGGUCACCUCUAUCUUCACGCUGAUCUGGGAAGUGGGCCAAUCAAGGUCAAGGCCUCAAAACCUCGAGUGGACGAUGGUGUUUGGCAUGACGUUUCAUUUCGUCGUGUUGAAAGGGAGAGUCGAGUCACUGUCGAUCAAAUUCCAAUUGAAUUUCGCACACCAGGUGAUUCAACGCAAUUAGAUCUUGACGGAUUAAUGUAUAUAGGAGGUGUGGGGGCGCCAUUUGCACCCCUGACUGUUCCGCCAGUUUUAUGGACCGGAACACUUCGUCAAGGUUACGUUGGUUGCAUGAGAGAUCUUGUCAUCAAUAGUCAACCUGUGGAUAUUGCUGGCUAUGCUCAACAACAAGAUUCUGGUGCUGUGAGACCAGCUUGUCAUACACAAUCUCCACAUUGUUCGUCACAGCCAUGUAUGCAUGGUGGCCAUUGUCUAGAAGGAUGGAACAGAUUUCACUGUGAUUGCACAGGAACACCUUUCACUGGUGCUACAUGCGGCAAAGAUGCAUCGACACUUCAUUUGAAUGGCUCGCAACAUCUCACGGCGUUGAUGCCUGAGGAUUCAAAAACACAAGCUGAGGAAAUUGUUUUGCGUUUCAAAACAAUUAGGCCAAGGGGACUAUUAUUGGCAACAAGUUUGGAAAAUAGUUCCGAUCGAUUGCAAAUCUAUCUCGCCGAUGGAAAUGCAAAAGCCCAAAUACGCAUCGAUAAAACUGAAAAGACGCUGAUUGCGGGACAAGGACUCAAUGACGAUAUGUGGCACACCCUGAGAUUUUCGAGGAGGGCAAAUUCUUUAAAACUUCAAAUUGACGACGAAGGACCCGUUAGAGCUGAUGCAAUUUUAAAUAAUGAAAAUGUCUUAGAAUUUCGUACUCUACAUGUUGGUGGUUAUCUUCAUUCGGGUGAGGAAAUUCCACAUUUUAUUGGUCAAGUUCAACAGGUUUGGUUCAAUGGCUAUCCAUAUGUGGAAAUUGCACGUAGCGCUGGUACUCAUCAAACAUCACAUCAGGGUGUUACGCCAAUUAUAAGGGUCACUGGGAAAUUUGGCAAAAGAAAUCAUCUUGUUCAUCAUCCCGUUACAUUCACAUCGAAACACACUUUUGUUGGACUACCCGUUCUUAAGGCUUAUGUCGAAACGAACAUCUACUUUCAGUUCAAAACACGUGAGCCAAAUGGCUUAAUUUUCUUCAACGCUGGUCGUGAGAGGGAUUUUAUUGCCGUUGAAUUAGUGAAUGGACAUAUUACAUAUGUGUUCGAUUUGGGCGAUGGACCUGUCAAAAUCAGAGACACAUCAAAAUCGAAACUCAAUGAUAGUAAAUGGCACGCCGUCAGUAUUGGACGUCCAGCACCUAAAAGACAUACACUUGCUGUUGAUGAUCACGUAGCUGCUGUUAAUAGUCAAGGGAGUAAUGAAAAUCUCGACCUCGAUGGCAUUCUCUAUAUAGGUGGAGUUGAGAAGUCACAAUACGCUCAGCUACCAAAGCACAUCAUCAGUCGACAUGGAUUCGAAGGAUGUUUAGCUUCACUCGAUUUAAGUGGCGAGAGUCCUGAUUUAAUAACUGAUGCUGUUGUUCCAAGUUCCAUGGUGGAAUCGGGCUGUGAAACAAAUGCAAAUCAACAUCCAGGCAAAAAAUGCACACACGAUGUUUGCGCAAAUCAUGGCACUUGUGUUCAACAAUGGAAUAGCUACACGUGCGAUUGUGAUAUGACAAGCUUUUCAGGACCACAUUGCAGUGACGAAUCAGUGGCUUAUGAAUUUGGAUCAGGAAGGGGAAUUAUCACAUACACAUUUCCUCCUGACAGAAGGCCUGAAAUGCAAAGGGACACUGUUGCAAUGGGAUUUGUUACUGGACUCAGUGAUGCUGUUUUAGUUCGUAUAGAAUCUGCAUCCAGCAACGAUUAUCUCGAAAUUGAAAUUGUGGAAGGAAAUGUGUUUGCUGUAUACAAUAUGGGAACAAAUGAUCAUCCACUGGGAGAAGUUGGCAUUAAAGUUAAUGAUAAUCAAUAUCACGUCAUUAGAUUUACAAGAAGCGGAGCAAAUAGCACUUUACAAGUCGAUGAUUAUAAUCUCCAGUCCAAUCAUCCGUCCGGUCAUCAAAUGGCUGUUUUCAAUAGUCAAUCGACCAUUCAAGUAGGAGGACGUUGGAAUCGCAGUAAAGGAAGAGUUGAUAGACCAUUUUUAGGUGUUGUUUCGGGAUUAGUGGUGAAUGGAGUGAGAAUAUUGGAAUUAGCAGCCGCCAAGGAUGGCAAAGUCACAUCGAGAGGUGAUGUUCAAUUAUUGCCAAUUGGCAGUCUUGUGGAUAAAGCCGCGCCUUUACAAAGGAUGCAACAAACACCCGCUUCUGGAUCCCCAGGUGUUAUGGACGAUCUAAUUUUCUCCGGUGCCGGAAGUGGCUGUUCCGGAGAUGACGAGGACGAGGAAUGUACACCUAUUGUCGACAAUGGCGCUGAUGAUCUGAUAACGCCAGUUUAUGUUGCGCCAACGAGGUCACCAACAGUAUUUAAACCAAAGUACGUCAAUAAGGAUAAUAUACAAAUUCGACCUUCAUGCGACGAUGAGGAGGAUUGCGAAGAGGGAUCAGGAGAUCCUGGUACCACGCAAGAAGUUUUCGUCACAUCUGCUACUGAUUCGAGCUCGGUGACGUUUACAACACAAAGAGAAGUUGCAACGAGCCACAUAAGCACCCUGACAACAUCGACAGGUUCAACAUCGCCACGAGGAAUUGUGACAGUUGUUUCGGCCCAGUACAAUGUCUCAACUACCGGUACAGAGACAACUCAAACCAGUACUGUGACAACGCAACGUCAACGAACGUCACCAGUGACGAGUACUGUAACAACGUCAACGACCACCGAGAUGACGGAACGUCACACGCCAAUUCCCCCAGGUGUCGGCGACACAGAAUUUAAACCCUUCACAUUACGUCCCAAGGUGACCAACAACAAUAACAAGAGGAUAACAUCUGAAACGGCAGAAAAUGCGGCAUUAAUUAUUGGCAUUAUUGCCGGUGCACUGAUAGCAAUUGUUCUAAUAAUAUUGAUAAUUCUCAAAUUUAAAAGUCGACCCGAAGCAAAUUAUAAAGUCGACGAGAACAAAACAUUCUGUCAGGAUCCAAAUGCCGCUCUACUUGGCGCUGCCGGUACAAAUCAACCGUACAAUGGUGCCUUGAAAAAUGGUGCCAAUGUCAAUAGAAAUGGCAAAAAACGUGAAGUUAAAGACAUUAAAGAGUGGUAUGUGUAAAAUGUAAAUUGUGAGUGUUGAAAAAGAAAUUUUUCUCUCAACUAUAAAAAAGAAGAUCAAGAAACGAGAGAAAGCAAACCAAGACUGACUGUUCAACAAAACAAAAAAAAAACUGAUAGAGAAGAAAUGACAAAAUAGGAAUAAAAAAAAAAACACAAAAAUAUUCUGAAAAACAGCGUAUGAGGAUAUAAAAAUAAAAAACGUUUGCUCCUAGAGAAAAUAAAGUAGGACCUUUCGUUUUUCUAGAACUAAAUCCAAAAGAAAGUUACCGGACACACUCGAAUUUUAUUGAAAAAAAGAGAAUUUUAUUUUCGUCUUUAAUCGAACAAAUUAAUUGUCUAAAAAUAAAAAAUUGUCAUAUCCACUUUUUUUAUGCGGGUCAAUUUCCAGUAUUUCAUAUAUAUCUCAAAAUAAAUACCACAAAUUUAUAUAUAUAUAUAUAUAUAUAUAUAUAUAUAAAAUUCAUCGAAAGAAAAUAUAAUUUAUAAAAAAUUUAUCUUAAAAUUGAAUUCGAAAAAAGAUUUAAUAAAUAAUUUUUAUUCCUUUUUCUGCUUUUAAAUAUUUCAAAUGUAAAAUAUGAAUUUAGAACCAAAAGAAAUUGAUUGAAUUAUUACGAAUUAGAUAUUUUAAUAAUGUCCAAAAAAACGGGGAAUUUUUUUUUGAAAGCGAUUCUUGAUUCUUCACUAAAACUUUUUGAUAAAGAGGACAAAAUUUUUUAAAGAUAAAAAAUAGUACAAAAUUUAAAACAUAUAUAUAUUUUUUAAAUUUUUCAUUUAAUAUACAAAAAGUUUAUUUAAUUAAAAGAAUAAAACUUGUUCGAUAUAUUAAUGAAAAGAAAAUUCUGAAAAAAAAGAAUCCUUUAAAUUGAAAGAAAAUUAUUUUGCACAUAGAAAAUUGCUAUAGUUUCUAGAAUUUUUGAAAAAAAAUGUCUUGUUUUUCUUUUAAAAAACAAUUGUUUUAAUUUUGAAAAAUUUGUAUCAAUUACAAAAUUCUUUUAAAUCAAUUUAAAGGAACAAUUUUUUGUUUUAAUUUCUUUUGCAUUUUUCAAAAAGAAAAAAUAUAAGAGAAAAAAAUAUAUAAUAAACAAAAAGAUUCCUAAAAACAAGUUCCCAUAUAAAAAAAUUAAAAAUAUAUAUAUAUAUAUAUAUAUAUAUAUAUACAAAUAUAAAUAAGGAAUAAAAACGAGUGUGUCGGUCAAUUAACUGUAGAUUAUUCAAUUAUUGUUGUAUAAAAAAAAAAUAUAAAACUAUUUAUAAAUUGUGUUAUACAUGUAAAUUGUUUAUGAAGUUAAAAAAAAAAAUUUUAUUAAAAUUCCACGUACGCAGUGUGUGAAGCAAACAAAAAAAAAAAAAGAAAUGAAAAAAAACUAACAAAAACGGUUCGACAGUUGAGAAUAAAAAUUAUUCUCUGUAUAAAUAUCUCUUAUAAAUAUCCAAGUUUACUUUUAAAAGUUGAUUAUAAGUAUAUAUAUAAGUUAUGAAAAAAAAAUGGCACCCGACAAAAUAACUAAAUAUGUAAAACGUAGCAUGCAAAAUAUGCUUACAUAUAAAUAUAUAUAUAUAUACACACAGGGUGCGAAUGCAGUAUUGCCAAUACGAAUUAAGAACUGUUAAUAAAAACAAAAAACAACAAAAAAAAAAAAAAGUAUGUAUAGAGUGUUUAUGUACAACGCGAGACACACUUCAGCGCACGAAUGCCGAUGCACGCGUUUCAUACAAAGCCGUAGAUUAUGAAAAAAAGGGUAAAAAAAACUAAAGAUACAAUUAUAUUUAUCAAAAAAAAAAAAAAAUAAUAAUUUUUUUUUUUAAUAAAAAAAAAUUCAUCAUAUCUAUUCACGACUGAUAAAAAAAAGACAUAAUUGUCUCUAAAGAAGUAAGAAAAAAAAAAAAAAAAAAAAAAACUUUGAAAAUAUCAGGAAAACCGUAACGAUUUCCCAAUUUUUUGAACCAAUCUGACAAAAAAUGAACAUAUCUUUUACUCUAAGUCGUAUUUUUGAUGACUCAAAAACUUUUCUAACAUUAUCAACAAGCAUCAAAAAUUUAUCCAAUUUUUUUUGAAGUUUCUUUUUUUAAUUUUACAAAAAAAAAUUCAAUUUUCUAAAAUAUUUUUUCAUUUUCUGUAUUUUACAAAAAAAAAAAUUCAAUUUUCUAAAAUAUUUUUUUCUAAAAAAAAAUGCAUUUUUACAUUUUGUCUCUCUUUUUUUUAAUUUCGUUUUUGCAAUUUCAUUUUCAUUCACAAUUUCGAUAUUUUUGUAAAAAAUUUUCUAUUUUUGUCUUUUCUGAACUGCAAAAACCGUUGCAUUUAUUGCGAUAAAUUCUUAUCUCUCCCUUGUUGUUCAAUACAUGAAUAUAAGAAGAGAGGUAAAAAUAUAAUUUUUGUCUUUUCUGAACUGCAAAAACAGUUGCAUUUAUUGCGAUAAAUUUUCUCAUCUCUCCAUUGUUUUUCAAAUACAUGAAUAAGAGAGAUAAAAUUUUAAUUUCGAAUUUAAUUUAAUUUCGAUUUUUAUUUAUAUUAAAAAGAAAUUGCAAUUUUUAUUUCUAUAUUUAACGAAUAAAAAAUUGAAUCAAUUUGUAAAUUUAAAAAGAAAAACAUUUUUUAAGUUCAUAUUUUUCUCGGCUUUGGAAUAUAUAAAAAAAAAAAAAAAAAAUCUCACCUUCAUCGAAUGAAAGUCUACGAAAAAAUGAAGGGGAAAAAAAUGCCCUAUAUUGUACAGUGAAUGGUUAAUAAUCGAAAAUUUCGUGUGUGAAUGUAAUUUCAUAAUUUAAGUAUGACGAAAAAAAAAAAAAAGUUCGCUUUUUGGAACACGCUUUCUUCCAGGGAGACUCGACA